GGCAUUGGCCAUUCGGUUGGCAUUUAUGUAACGUGUGGGUAGCAUGCGACGUUUUGAGCUGCUCGUCUUCGAUUCUGCACAUGUGUUUUAUAUCAUUAGGAAGAUAUUUAGGUAUAAGAAACCCUUUAAUUCAACGAAGAAGCUCUAAAAAAAUGGUAUUCACGAAAAUUGCAUUGGUAUGGUUACUGGCCAUGUUUAUUACCAGUCCGAUAAUUGUGCUCUCUCUUAUUGACAGAACAAACGUUCAAGCAACACCAAAUGUAUGUGUAAUCAAUAACCAGUUUUUCUUCGUCUUUGGCUCUUUGUUCGCUUUUUACAUACCUAUGUUUAUAAUGGUGACAACAUAUGUAUUGACCGUGAGAUUAUUACAGAAAAAAGCCAUGUCGUUAGCAGACAGAAAAGACGAAUGUAGUAAAGCUGUACGUUUCAGUUCUUCUAAUGGAGAAACUGGACGUCACGUCGAUUUACGAGACUAUUGUACGUCACAGAAAUUUUUGCUAAGCCGUGAGCAAUUCUCCNAACAAUAUUAA